AGGUAACAUAAAAUAACGAACAACAAGGAGCGGUUCCGAUGAACUUUUUCAGUUCGUUCACUACAGAGAAAAGCUCGUUCAUGAACAACCCAACAACACUAUUGUAAACAAUUUGAAAAUGGUCUUUGUUGUUUAAAUUUGUUUCGCUGCUCUUGAAAAGCAAUUGAGUAAUAAAUCAGUGCUAAAUUGGGUUAAAUUUGUUGCUCUGCCCAAUGGUUGUAUUGUAGCACCGGUAACAAGCAGACAAGCAAAAAAAUUUGCAUUUUUGGAUGGAUGCCAAAAAACUUUGAACCGCAUUAGACAGCAGAAAAGCGAAAAGAACAGCUGGCAGCAAGCACGGAGCACGCACCUGGGCAGGCGGAUUGGAUUCAUUCAGUUGAUAGCAACAGCCCCAACCCUGAGUACACAGAGCCAGUGCUCAGGUAAAGCGCAAUCGUAAAACAGCAACAAGCAAGAAGCAAGAAGUGGGAGAAAAAACCGCCGGCACCAAUACGAGCUUACGUAAGCCACUUGCAAAGAGUCGAACCUCUUCAAAAUGUCUCAGGAAUUAACCCUUAUCGAUGUGGACAAGCCGCUGUAUGACCUGACGACCUUCGCUGGUCGCUUCAAGUACUAUGCCUGGAUGACAGAUCCCCGGACAGUGGUCCAGCCCAGUGAACGGCUGCUGGAGGCCAAGGAAAUGAUUGAGAAGUAUCGCCGGGAGCCGGGCCAGGCGCAGUCCCUGGGGCCAGGGAAAUCUCUGGAGGAUGUCCAUUACAACAUGAAGUUGUAUAGCUCGGCCUUUCAUCCCGACACAGGGGAGCUGCAGAACUUUUGUGGUCGCAUGAGUUUUCAGGUUCCUGGCGGCAUGUUGAUCACUGGCGGAAUGCUGGCCUUCUAUCGGACUGUGCCCGCGGUGGUGCUCUGGCAGUUUAUCAAUCAGUCCUUCAACGCGGUCGUCAACUAUACAAAUCGCAAUGCCAAUUCCCCCACCAGCGUUACGCAGCUGGGCGUGGCCUAUGUGUCGGCUACAACCUCAGCCUUGAUUGCUGCCAUUGGAUGCAAGAACUACUGGUCGAAGAAGGCGACUCCUCUGUUCCAGCGAUUUGUGCCAUUCGCUGCUGUGGCAGCCGCAAACUGUGUCAACAUUCCGCUAAUGCGACAGAACGAGAUACUCAGAGGCGUGGAGGUGAAGAACUCGGAGGGUGAGAUUGUGGGCCAGAGUCGUCUGGCUGCCAUCAAGGGUAUUAGCGAGGUGGUCAUAUCACGGAUAGCCAUGGCAGCGCCCGGGAUGCUGGUACUGCCUUUGAUCAUGGAGAGAUUGGAGAAGCUGCCCGCUUACAGCCGCAUCAAAUGGAUAAAUGCCCCUUUCCAAACCCUGAUGGUUGGAUGCUUCCUCUGCUUCAUGGUGCCCUCCGCCUGUGCUUUCUUCCCACAGCAAUGCUCGUUGGACACCUCUACUAUGCGCACCUUCGAGCCGGAACUCUAUGAGGAUAUGAAGAAGAGAACCGAGGGAAAUGUACCCAAGCGUGUCUACUUCAACAAGGGUCUGUAGGGAUAUGACAAAGGACAUUUCAACGGGGAUGACAAUAAUUAGUCCAUUGGUUAGUCGUUGUGGUUUCUUGUGUAGCAUUUAUUGUUUCAGAUCGCGCAAUAUAUUGCAAAUUGUUCCUUGUGUCUCGUCUCAAUAGCUGAAAGAGUAGUAUUUAAGCUGAAAAAGUAUCUCAACUACAUAGCAAAUGUAUCUAUCAGUCAAUUCGUACUUAAAUGGUAUUACUUUCUGUGUAUCUGGUGUGUGGGUUAUUUUAGAUCAAUGAUCCGUAUUUGCAAAACUGUGCUGCUAACUAGUUCAUAGCCUAUAGAAUUGUAAAGUUGUACCCGUUCUAUCCAGAGAAUUCUCAGGCCCAACUAACCAGAAGAGCUGAGCGAUACUUCUGUGACCUCCCAAUAACAUCCUGUCCCCAACUAUAUGACGCGUGGACAGGCUGGAUGGUAGAUGGUUCCUGACACAAAAGGGUCUCAGAACGGCGUACGGUAUUAACUAAUGGAGAAAGCCAGCUCAAAUCAAAUUAAUUCGAAUAUUAUAGAAUUGGGAGUAUUUCCUUUAUUCCUUUAAAAAACUAGAAUCUUUAAUUGGCAAAACAAUUUGCUGGUAUCUCUGGCUUUUCUCAAUAACCUAUCCGAAGCAGAGGCAGAUUUUCCACAGACUUAUGUAUUUUUUAAAACUAAUAUACUCACGUGUUUUGUUCGAUUAAGCGAAAAAGUGUUGAAAUAAAUGUUAUCUAACGAAAAUGUAGACCACUAAUGAAA